AACCAGCGCGGAAGGAGAAGUCUAAAGAAGUACCGCAGGGACCUUCUCGACUAUCGUGUUCUGCUGACAACAUUACUAAACGAAGACGGGACUUGCACAUCUUCCCGACAGGAGAUGGAAUCGAUCACGAUGGGAUUUUACGCCAAUCUCUUCCGCUUAUCAACACCUGUGUCAAACCCCGUUAUUCCCACUGGAGAAGUACCACCACGGAUUCUACCUGCUGAAGUACGCGCCGCAACCAAACCAUGA